UGUAAUAUGGCGUCCAGUCAACUGUCAGGGAAUGUUGGACAGUUCAACUAAAGUUGCCCAUUUCCUCGAUAUUGAUUGCCCGUGCGCUGACGCACUCCAUCCGCAUAUGCAUUGAUGGUAAUGCAUGCAAGGAAACAGCCCAGACUCAGUGAUGGGUAUACAGAUAAGAGAGACUCCCAUCUGUACCAGUCAUCCCAGUACCCAUCCAAAAGUAAAGGUGAAGGGUACAGACAAACAGACAGAUACAAACGUGAAUCUUCAUACGACAGAGCCAGAGAUAGUCCAUCACGUGAUAGUCCCAGAUAUCACAACAAAAACUCUUAUAUUGAGAGGACUAAAGAAAGACUUGACAAAGGAUCAAGUAAUGUCAAUCAUACAUCCAGAUCAAAUGAUAGAAGUCAGAAUGGAGCACAUUUCAAGUCAAAUAGCCAAGACAACAGAGAUAAGAAGACUGAGCUUACAAAAACUGCCCUUCGAGUAUGUGGUGAUUGGUCAGAGCACAUCAGUACCUCAAAACAUACAAUGGGAAAAAAGUAUUACUACAAUAGCAAGACUGAAGAAUCAACAUGGACUAAGCCUAAAGAAUGGGUUGAUGAACCAGCGAACAGGCCAAGAACAAGUACAUCAAAUGAUAAAUCUUAUACAUCCAGCAAAUCUGCUGAUGUGUAUAAUUCCACACACAAUGAUAACAGGACUUCAGACAAGAACUCACUUAAAAACUCUGACUUUGAUGCCGGUAGUGGAAAACCUGACAAACAGUUUCUUAUUAAAAAAUUUCAAGAAAGUCAGAUCGACUAUCGGACUAGUCAGCCUUCUUCUUCUCAUAGAAGUGACUAUUCUAAAUUGGAUCAUAGACGAGAUAGUUAUGACCAUAAUAGGCGAAGACGAGACAGUGAAGGAAACAGGUCAUAUGGACAUCGGACUCCAAAAAAACAUGAGCAUCAUGAGGAUAUGGACAUAUCACCCAGUAGUACACCUACCAGUUCUCGACAGUCUAGUUGUGCUGGUACCCCACAGCUAGGACCAGUAUCCACGCCAGCCUCCGUCACCACUCCUGGAUCACUUAACCUGUCGUCAAGGAUACCAAGUACUAGUACUUCAGGCCCUUUAAUAUCAGCUCUGCCACAAUUAAUUACACAACUCAGUGGUGUCCAAAACAAUCAGGACUUAACAAAUAAAGCAUUGCAGACAUUACAUCAGUUGCAGGAGGUGAUAAAAAGACAAAUUGCACAACAACAGACUCCAGGUUCUGAUGGUCACACCCCGGUUACUUCGCAACAGCAACCACAUCCAGCCACAAGGAGUGCUCCAAUUCAAAUCCCAAUCACAUCAACCCAGCCCUCAAUGAAUAGAACACAUCCCCAACAGACAAUAUCAAAUCCUCACCUUCAAAUGUCACAUGUGGUCCAAAACCAGGGAUCAAUUUAUGGCCGAGUCAUGUCACAGCAACCAACACCUCCUAUGAAUGGAAGGAUGCAUGUCCAACAGCCUUCCCCUAAUAUGAGAAUGGUAACGCAACAACAUCCAUCACCGCACCUAGAUAUGUUGCAAGAGAUAUCUAUGGAGGGAGGUCACAUGACAUCACAUCAUUUUCCUGUAAAAGAAGAUGACAGGACAGGGGGAGAAAGUCCAGCAUCAGAUACUAGCAGAAGAUCAUCAUGCAUGAGUCCAAAUAGUACAACAAGUUCCCAGAAUGCAUGUGUAGAGGCUGGUCCACUAACAAACAUGGGUGUUACUAAAGAUCCAGCAGCUGAUAUGAUGAACUCUUUAAAACAAUAUUACAAUGAAAACUUAGUUAGCCAUGUGUCUGGCUGGCAGGCUGAACAUGCAGAAAGACAGGCAAAUAGAUAUUGGGAAGAGGGUUUAAAGAUUGGUAGUUUUCAUUGUAGUCAAGUUAGUGUCAAUUUAAAGAGAGCUAGAUCAUUAGUUAGACUGGCUGAAAUACAAUCGACACUUCAUGAACAAAGGAUCCUGUUUUUAAAUCAACAAGUUCAUCAGUUAGAAGGCAUGAAGCCGCCAUCAUUUUCCUCAUCACAGCCGUUCACGUCAUCAUCACAGUAACAUGUAAUAUAGUGUGUAUGAAUGUGUCCAAUGGUCAGAUAAAGAAAUAACAGACUCAACUUCAAAUUAUUUUGUGUUUAAUAUCAGACAUUUAUUUUCUGUAAGAUGUUGUUCCAUCUCAUCAAUGAAUGUUUUGGUAAGGUAACACUUUUUUGUCAGUUAACAUGAAUUUGACUAUUGUAAUAAAUAA